CAGAUGAGCUUGCAAUCAGAAUCUAGAUCAGAUGAUUUAAUCUCGGCCGACACUGCGAAAACUGUAAAUACCAAGUAUGUUGGAUAUGAGAGGAAAACAACAAAAGUAACAUGUAUUGAGAGUGUGAUAUUUAGUGUGAGGUGCUUCCUAGGAGAACGAUAAGAUGAUAUGUAUCAAGUUAGGGUGCUUGAUUUUUUCUACAUUGCUGUUAUUUUGUUCUACUAUUGCUCUAGAUCCUUCAGAUAUAGUAUUAAUAGUUCUAAGUCAAGAAGAAGGCUAUAAUGCUGCACAAGCAAAACUAUUGGAAUCAGAGGUUGUUAAACAAGCAAAGGAAUUGGAAAAAGAGCCGCCUAAAAUAAUUUUAACACAUACUUUGGAUGUAUAUGGAGCAUGGACAAUUGUUCCGUUACUAGCUUAUUUAAAUGACCAAAAAGUUGAAGCACAAUGGUAUAUGUUUUGUACUGAAACUACAGUUAUCCGUUUAAGUAAAGUAUUAAGCAUUUUAGAUAAGUAUGAUGUAGAUAUCUAUAAAAAUUUAUGGAUUGGGCAUGCUCUUUAUGAUAAGGAACCUACUAUAAUACACCACUAUGCAGAGCAUACAAAAAGAUUUAAGUAUCCUAAUUUAGCAUCUGGUUUUGUGAUGUCUAAACAUCUAUUUCAAGGAUUAGCUAAUCAAGCAAACGAAUUUAUAUCAAGCACUGUUGAUUUUUCAAUUGAUGCAUCGUACGAAUUUGCCACAUUUGUUUUGAAUGAAGGUAAAGGUGCUAGAUUGACCCAUGUACCAGAAUUUUGUGUAGUUUCUAAUGACAACUGUGCUACAUACCCAAAACCGUUUUAUCCAUGUUCUAAAGUACCAGCAAAGCAGAAUGCAUAUGUUGCUGUUAAAACUUGUGCUAAAUACCAUGUAGAAAGACUUGCUGUUAUUCGUAAAACGUGGACACAAUAUGCAGAAAAUAUAGGAUAUUUUACUGAUACACUAGAUGAAAACUUACCGGAUGGCUAUAUUGUUCCAAGUACAGAUCAAGGGCAUUGUGCAAAAACUUAUGCAAUUUUGAAACAUGUUGCACCUAUACUUGAAGAAAAAAAUUUAGCUUGGUUGAUUAUUACCGACGAUGAUACAAUGUUAAGUUUGGCAAGAUUAUUCAAAUUUCUAACAUGCUACAAUCCCGAAAACUCUUUGGCAUUGGGGGAAAGGUAUGGAUAUAGAACAACGAAAAUUCAUGGCUAUGAUUAUUUGACUGGAGGAUCCGGAGUGAUACUAUCCACUCCACUUGUACAACAGAUCAUUAGACCAGGAGUAUGCAAAUGCCCAAGUGCAACCACACCUGAUGACAUGUUUCUUUUUGGAGUUUGUUUAGCAUAUUUGGGAGUAAAACUUACUCAUUCACCACUUUUACAUCAGGCUAGGCCUAUAGACUAUUCAACAGCCUAUCUCGCUUCUCAAGAGCCAAUAUCGUUCCACAAAUUCUGGCUGAUAGAUCCAGAGCACAUUUACAAAGAAUGGUUUCAAGAAGCUGAUCUAGAAACUUUUGCGCAAGAAAAAUCAAACAGGCACACGGAAUUAUGAAAUGACAAAGAAUUGUGAUACUUAGUAAACUUAAGGCAGAAGCAUUGCAUUUUUAAAAGUAUUUUUUAUUAAAUGGAAUUGAGAUGGAGUGAUGACAGUAUUAUAUGACUUGAAUUAGUCACCUCUCACACAUAUCAGAACUGUCAAUAAUGAAGAAUAUUGCAUUUAAUUUUUGAGUAAUUUAUAAAUAUUGCUUUAUCUAUGUAUAUAAAAAUAUUGCAGAUAAAAUGAAAACGUUAGCGUAAAAAUUUUAUAUAAAAUUUAUAACAAAAA